CCGAAGGAGCCAUGGCACAACCGCCAUCUCAUUCCAAUCCCCACUUCACAGAUCCUGGGCCUGGAGAACUUCACCGUCCAUCCGGCCACCCCGCCAGUUCUCUUCACACCCAUAGAGCUCUCUCCGGGCACAGGCAACUACGCCUUCCGAGCGGCCUACUCCGGUGAUGAUCUCUCCCAGACUCCGUACAUUGCUGCUCUCACCUCGAACGCCGAGAACCAUGAUGUCUCCAUGAAAGUCAUCCCGCUGCCAGACCCGACGGACGAGUCCAUCCAAUUAAAUCCGAAUGCUUGCCCGGAGAACUACGAGUGCAAAGCCGAUGCGUGGACCGCCAAGCCUAACCAGAACGGCGAGUUGACGGCGCUUGGGAUCGAGGGCCUCGAGGGAGCCUGGGAGCCGAUAAAAGAUGCCGGUAAAGGGGGAUGGCACGUGUACUGGAAGCCAGAUGGGGGUGACAAGGUGUAUCACCCGAUCCAGAUCGACAUCGUCCCGUAUAAUGGCGGCCACUGA